AUAGCGAUAGCCAGUUUGAGUUUAAAUUUCAGAGAUGAGUUGAGGCAAUUAUUAUAUAAAGAUUUGAAAAGCCCAGGCCUUCUGCAACUCAAAUGUACAGAUCAUCUUGAUCCAUUCCUUUUUCUCACAUAAAAUGGGAGCUUACAGGGCUGAUGAUGACUAUGAUUACUUGUUCAAAGUGGUGCUAAUUGGCGACUCUGGUGUUGGUAAAUCCAAUCUCUUGUCACGAUUCACUAAAAAUGAAUUCAGUCUCGAAUCCAAAUCCACCAUCGGCGUUGAAUUCGCCACUCGUAGCAUUCGCGUCGACGACAAGGUCGUCAAGGCCCAGAUUUGGGAUACUGCUGGCCAGGAACGGUACCGUGCAAUCACAAGUGCAUACUACAGAGGAGCGGUGGGUGCAUUGCUUGUUUAUGAUGUUACACGGCAUGUCACAUUUGAGAAUGUGGAGAGAUGGUUAAAGGAGCUUAGGGGUCACACUGAUUCCAACAUUGUGAUCAUGCUUGUUGGAAACAAGGCAGAUUUGCGUCAUUUGCGGGCUGUUUCCAUUGAGGAUGCUCAGUCAUUUGCUGAGAGGGAGAACACCUUUUUCAUGGAAACCUCUGCCCUAGAGUCACUAAACGUUGAAAGUGCCUUCACAGAAGUACUCACUCAGAUUUAUCGAGUUGUCAGCAAGAAGGCUCUGGAUGUUGGUGAUGACCCAGCAGCCUUGCCCAAGGGACAAACUAUUAAUAUUGGCUCUAAAGAUGAUGUAUCAGCGGUGAAAAAGGCUGGAUGCUGCUCUGCAUAAUCUGCAACAACAACAACAAAAAAAAAAAAAAGAAAUCAUGGUGGUAAAAACUAAUUUCUCCUCUUUCUCAAAUUUACAUUUCCAUAGCUUGGAGACACCUUCAUUUUCCUGUGAGAUCACAUUGAGUAGUGCAGAAACAAACUGUAGUUGUGUGUGUCAAAGUUCAAUUGACAUUAUAAGCGGUCAGAUCUAAGAUCUCACAUAUGGUGCAAGCUUUUUUUCUUAAUAUAUUGUCUGUUUUGUCUCCCAAGUUUAUUAUAGUUUGUAGUGAGUAUCCAGUCUCUAGAUUAGUUUAAAUUUUAUUCCAGAGGAUUAAAAUUUGGAAAGUAUGUUAAGAUAAUUCUGUUCUCCAUCUUGAUUGAUUAACUAUUGGUAGUGGGAACUGUGAAGGCAGCAUUUAUUUGGUCA